UCUGUUAUCAACGGCGUUUCCCGUUAGCACUAUCGAAAAGUGGGUGUUGCUCUCAUCACUCGUCUGCUCGCGGUCGUACCUAAUAUAGAGAGGGUGGUACAAGAGAAGGUACGUAAAAUCACAGUGAGGACUAAGGAUUUUGGCGAUCGUCUCGAAGAGUCAUGCGUUGAUCUCAACUUAAGUUGCUUGUACUACCCUCUGUCAAGAUGAUAGGGGGUUUAUUUGUUUAUAACCAUAAGGGUGAGGUACUGAUCUCGCGAGUGUAUCGGGAUGAUAUUGGUCGGAAUGCAGUAGAUGCAUUCCGUGUUAACGUCAUCCAUGCACGGCAGCAAGUACGAUCACCUGUAACCAAUAUCGCUAGAACAUCGUUUUUCCACAUAAAGCGUGCUAAUAUCUGGCUGGCUGCUGUCACCAAGCAAAAUGUCAAUGCUGCCAUGGUGUUUGAGUUACUAUUGAAAAUCAUAGAUGUUAUGCAGUCAUAUUUUGGCAAGAUUUCAGAGGAGAACAUCAAGAACAAUUUUGUGCUCAUUUAUGAACUGCUGGAUGAAAUCCUUGAUUUUGGAUAUCCACAGAAUUGUGAUACGGGAGUACUAAAAACAUUCAUCACUCAACAAGGCGUCAAGUCUGCCACCAAGGAAGAACAGGCUCAAAUAACAUCGCAAGUCACUGGCCAAAUUGGAUGGCGACGAGAAGGUAUUAAGUACAGGCGCAAUGAACUCUUCCUAGAUGUACUCGAAUACGUGAAUCUCCUAAUGAGCCCUCAAGGUCAGGUUCUCAGUGCGCACGUGGCCGGAAAAGUCGUGAUGAAAUCUUACUUGUCAGGAAUGCCGGAGUGCAAAUUUGGCAUUAACGACAAGAUCGUCAUGGAGGCAAAAGGCAUGAAAGGAGGGGGCGGAUUGGGAGGCGGUGGUGAUGACCCCACUGGCGCCAGGUCCGGCAAGCCGGUCGUUGUGAUCGAUGAUUGCCAAUUUCAUCAAUGCGUUAAGCUUAGCAAAUUCGAAACUGAACAUUCCAUUAGUUUUAUACCGCCGGAUGGUGAAUUUGAAUUAAUGAGAUAUCGCACCACGAAAGAUAUAUCGUUGCCUUUCCGCGUAAUACCGCUUGUGCGUGAGGUAGGCCGGACGAAGAUGGAAGUAAAAGCAGUGCUGAAGUCGAAUUUUAAGACAUCGUUGCUCGGCCAGAAGAUCGAAGUGCGCGUGCCAACGCCGUUGAACACCGCCGGUGUGCAGUUGAUAUGUCUGAAAGGCAAGGCAAAGUACAAGGCUUCAGAGAAUGCGAUCGUGUGGAAGAUCAAGCGUAUGGCUGGCAUGAAAGAAACGCAACUAUCCGCCGAGAUCGACCUGCUAGAGACAGACACAAAGAAGAAAUGGACGAGACCGCCGAUAUCGAUGAACUUCGAGGUGCCAUUUGCACCAUCCGGCUUCAAAGUGCGCUACUUGAAAGUAUUUGAGUCCAAGUUGAAUUACUCCGAUCACGACGUUAUUAAAUGGGUCCGUUAUAUUGGACGCAGCGGCCUGUACGAGACACGGUGUUAACGGACCAGCUUGCCGAACGCAUAAAUUGUAAAGAAGUAAUCUCAAUAUGCUAAAGAGAGAAAAAAAACAAACGAAAAAAAAGGAAAUAACACGCGAAAUAUUAUGAAUAUAAUCGAAUAUCGAAUAUUGGUCGAUAUUAUUUCAUUGCAGCGCAUUGCAUAUACGAAGCGACGAUCUGAAAUAUUCGGAUGGUUCGAUCCCUGGACUGGUGCACUAAGUAGCACAAUUUGCGAACAACGUGUGUCAUUUGAGAAGCAAAUAUCCAUGAUGGUCGGCAUGGGACAUGGUAGAAUGGCAGCAGAAAUUUUGACUUCCCGUGCGUUAUACAUUGCGUUAGUGAGAGCGAAUUUUUUUUAAAUUGUCCUUGUUAACAUACAUACAUACACACAUAUACAUACCGAUACCAGCGUGAGACGCCGAGAGGAACUCGCUAAGUGGAGAGGUUCUAACUUGAUCAUGGCGGGAAUAUCGAGCGAACAACGUGGUAAUCGGGCAAUAAACCAAAGUGAUUAUUUCUUUCGUGCCAAUUUUUCAUGUCGUCCACUUCUUUCGUGUUCAGUCUUGCGAUUCAGUCUCGUGGUAUAGCUUCGUGCAAACUCUGCUUUGUACGAGGAGAUCUUGAUGUUAACCCCUUGUCCUACAACAACGAGUGAGACUUAUGGUAAGAUAUUUGGGCCAAAAACAAUGAGCACGAGCCUGACUCGUGGUACUUCGUUCGGACCAAACGUAAACAACACGAGCCUGGCUCGUGAUACUUUAUUCGGGACAAACAUAAACAACACGAGUCAGACUUGUGGUUCAGUUGGUCUCGAUAUUUUCUUACUUUAGUUACGUGUAAUUCUUCGUUACGUUCACACGUUUAGGUUAUAAUUCCCUAAAAGAAUUAAACAACCUUUAUACCUAUCAUGUCAGUAAAAAGAAAAUCUAAUAUCGAUGAUAAUUCCUUUCGUUGCGCCGAAAUAUACAUGUCAUAAGACGCAUACAUUUUCGCAAGUUCGAGCACACGGCUAAACAGCUAAAUGGCUCGACGCGUGACCGACCUUCUUGUUUAUUGUGGUCCGAGCGAUCGGGAGUUAGCGGGUAGGACAAGGGGUUAACGAAGAUCAGUCUGUUGAUCAUGUGUUUACUUUUUGUUUCUUUCUUGUCUUGUUGAAACUAUUCCGAGUAAGAUUCUUAUCGAUUUUUAUUCCCUUUUCUCCGCACGAAGGGCCGAUGCGAUCAGUGGAGUUUACAUUACACGGAAUAACAUAUCGCGAA